CGCCCAACCCAGCCCAGCCCCGAGCACGACCCCAGCCCCACGCACGACCCUAGCCCCGCGAGUCUCGCACCGACUCGCUCCAGCCACAUUUCGCCUCCGCGGGGGCGGCGCCCCCUCCUCCCCGCGGCUCCCGCUCUCCUUCCUCGCCUUCCCGGCCGCGCUGGGGACCCCCAGCCGCCGUCCGCGCCCCCCCCCACCGCGACGCCCGGAGGCGGCGGGGUCUCUUUGUUCGGGCGGCGGGCACGGGGGACCGCCUCCCACGGUGUCACCGCACCCACCCCUCGCCCUUCCUCCGCCUCCUGGAGUUCACCCGGACCAGGUGGCGGCGGGUGCCUUUUUGGGGGUGCGCGGCCAUGCAAUUGGUGGAUUUUUUUAAACCGUUUUGGAGGGGGGAGCGCGGCGUUGGGGGCGGGAGAGCGCUCCUGGCUGUGAGCUGCUCCUCCCGCUUCGCUCCGCGCUCUCCUGCCGCUCCGCUCCGGGUCUCCCGCGCUCCUCUCCCCGGCUCGGCCGAGCGGGCUGCCCCGACGCCGCCACCCAGAGCCGGGCCGCGCCGGGCGCCGAGAUGAAGGUGCUGGGACACCGGCUGGAGCUGCUCACAGGCCUCCUGCUCCACGACGUGACCAUGGCCGGGCUGCAGGAGCUGCGAUUCCCUGAGGAGAAGCCGCUGCUCCGGGGCCAGGACGCCACCGAGCUGGAGAGCUCCGAUGCCUUCCUCUUGGCUGCAGACACAGACUGGAAGGAACAUGACAUCGAGACACCCUACGGCCUUCUGCAUGUAGUGAUCCGGGGCUCCCCCAAGGGGAACCGCCCAGCCAUCCUCACCUACCAUGAUGUGGGCCUCAACCACAAACUAUGCUUCAACACCUUCUUCAACUUCGAGGACAUGCAGGAGAUCACCAAGCACUUUGUGGUGUGUCACGUGGAUGCCCCUGGACAACAGGUGGGGGCGUCGCAGUUUCCUCAGGGGUACCAGUUCCCCUCCAUGGAGCAGCUGGCUGCCAUGCUCCCCAGCGUGGUGCAGCAUUUCGGGUUCAAGUAUGUGAUUGGCAUCGGAGUGGGCGCCGGAGCCUAUGUGCUGGCCAAGUUUGCACUCAUCUUCCCCGACCUGGUGGAGGGGCUGGUGCUGGUGAACAUCGACCCCAAUGGCAAAGGCUGGAUAGACUGGGCUGCCACCAAGCUCUCCGGCCUAACUAGCACUUUACCUGACACGGUGCUCUCCCACCUCUUCAGCCAGGAGGAGCUGGUGAACAACACAGAGUUGGUGCAGAGCUACCGGCAGCAGAUUGGGAACGUGGUGAACCAGGCCAACCUGCAGCUCUUCUGGAACAUGUACAACAGCCGCAGAGACCUGGACAUUAACCGGCCUGGAACGGUGCCCAAUGCCAAGACGCUCCGCUGCCCCGUGAUGCUGGUGGUUGGGGAUAAUGCACCCGCUGAGGACGGGGUGGUGGAGUGCAACUCCAAACUGGACCCCACCACUACGACCUUCCUGAAGAUGGCAGACUCUGGAGGGCUGCCCCAGGUCACACAGCCAGGGAAGCUGACUGAAGCCUUCAAAUACUUCCUGCAAGGCAUGGGCUACAUGCCCUCGGCCAGCAUGACCCGCCUGGCGCGCUCCCGUACGGCAUCCCUCACCAGUGCCAGCUCGGUGGAUGGCAGCCGCCCACAGGCCUGCACCCACUCGGAGAGCAGCGAGGGGCUGGGCCAGGUCAACCACACCAUGGAGGUGUCCUGUUGAAGCCCUUGAUCCCGCUGACGACGCCCACGUUGAGGCCCCACCGCCAUCCUUGCGCCGGCUCAUGUUCCCUUUAGUUUAUUUUUGUGAGGGCGAAGGGGAGGAAAUGGGGUUCUGUUUGAAAAAAAUGAGGGGAUCUUAGAUGCUGCAGCAGAACAGUCUCCAGGUGUUUUAAGGGGCUCAGUCCUCCUCAUCCCAUCUCACUCUCCGUGGUAACUUAGCCAACUUGAUCCCUCUCAUCCCACUUCCUGCGGCCCAGGCACAGGAGGGCAGGGCCAUAGGGAGGGAGAUUCGCUACGGAUCCAGGCCAUUCCUGGGUGAGCCCUUGGGCAGGCAUGUUUGGAGAUGAGAGAGGCUUCGAGAGGGUGGGUGCUGGGCCCACAGGGGUGCGGGGCCAGCUCAGGCACUGGCAUGGGAGCCCUGGGAGACCCCUUCCCCCACCCUCCACCAAGCACACCUGUUUCUGUCUCAUAGCACAUGUGACAAUCAUCUGGACAACAGCCACAAGGGGGCGCUCGGACCAGGCAGCCACUUUCCUGGUGCUCUCUGGGCCCAGCUGGUGCUGUAGGGCCACGCAGGCAGGGGCGUCAAGGGGUUUCUCUGCCCAAGGAAGACAGAACAUGGAGAACCAUCAGGGCAGGAACCCCACAGACUGUCCCUUCCAGCCCACACUCUGCCACCUCCUGGCCCUGUCCCAUUUCUGAGCCAAGGCCUCCCCGAGGCAGAAGUUGCCUGGUCCUCUGUCCCCACAGUGACCUGACUGGGGGUGAGGGAGAAGGAGGAGAGAGCCCAUGUGUGGUGUGUGUGCCCCUGAGAACUUCGUGGUGACUGCCUUUGGGAGCCCGCAGGUGGCCAGAGGCAGGGGUAGCUGAGUUCCUGGAGACCCCUUUUUUGCCCCCAGGUUCCCCAGAGGGCAACGCCAUCAGUAGCAGUGUGGUGUUUCAGGCAGAGCUCUGGCCAGGCUGUGCCAGUGUGUCCCGGAAGCAUCACUAAGGAAGAGAGAGUUUAUUUAGUCAACUGGCCCAAGGCAGCGAGGCUUCUACAAGUCCUACACCCCAUAGCCGCCUGGGCUGGGGCUUACUGGGGGCUGAAGGUUCUGGACAUGAACAAGGGUCAGGUAGAGGAGAAAGGCUUCCCCUACACCCCAGCCUCCUGCUGUCCCCUGAAGCCCAGGACUGCGUUGUAUGCUUUCCAUCCACUCACCUUACCCCAUAGCCUCUUGCGGCCCAGAAGCCAGAGCCAUUUGUCUCGGACCCUAAAUCAAUGAUCACAAACCCCAAAACGGGAGAGAGCAGUGAAAACAUGCAGGGCUGUGGACGGGGGAAGGGUUGUGGCGGGUGUUCUGAGGCUGAGAGGACACCUAUAUGCGUAUUUCCUCUACACACAUCACCCCCCUUCUAGAAUCUUAAGCCAUGACUAGCCUGGUGGCGUGUUAGUUUCUGCCCAGUUCUACCCCCUCAUGUGCUUCUUCUGAAUACUGAAUGUGACUGUUUGAAAGCUGGUAGAAUUCAUCCCUCUUACUGUAGAUAGCACUGCAAAUCUUGGAAUUUUGUUUUUUGCUGUUUCCAGAUGUAUCUAUAAAUAUCUAUACAUUAUAUAUGUGUGUGUGUGUGUGUGUGUGUGUGUACAUCGGGUCCUCCCAUGUGUGGUGUUCUUCUGGAGGUUGUCUCUUUGGUCAAGGUGAACUUUUAACGUUUAUUAUUUUCUUCUCCGCACAAAGUAAAGAGCCUAAUUUUGUGUAUUCUGGUGGCUGCUGUCAUGAGAUGAUAAAAUGUAAAACAAAACUCUAGUCAACGUAGAAAGAGUUAACUGUGCUGAAAAACUAAUAAAGAACCUAAGAAGAAUUCCAGUGUGGUGAUGCCAUGCCCAUCAUGGGAGGCUUUUGGAGAAACAGAAUGUUUGGGCAGGGGCUGCUGGUGCUGCUUGGGUUUUGGGUUGAGGGUGCUAGGAGAGGAUGGUCUCCACCCAUCUUUCUAUUUCCAGUACACGUCACAUUAUUUUACCAGUGAGAUGAGAAUGUGACAAACAUUAAAAGCCUUAUAUGUGCUCA